AUGCGUCGACGGGCGCGCGCGUCGACGAGCGACGACGGCGGCGGUGGCGGCGAUGACGACGACGGCGGACGGUUCGUGCGAAGACGCCCGAGAGCGCACGAGAUCGCGAGAGACGAAGAGGAAGAGGAAGACUUCUCCAUUGACGACGAUUUCUCCAGCGAGGACGCGUCGAUGGACUCGGACGACGACGAGGACGACGACGAGGACGAAGACGCGGGAGCGAACGAGGAUGAGCACGACGGUCGCGUCGAGGCUCUGGGACGGGCGAUCGUUGACGUUUUAGGACGGGCGCACGAGAGCGAGGCGGAACGCGCGCGGCUCGCGGAGGGACACCUUUUUCGGCUCGUGGAAACGCUGGAGGAAGAAGAGCGGGCGACUGGGAUUCCAUUGGGACAGAGCGUGAUGUCGCUCUACGCGGAAUGCGCGUCGGGCGCGUUGAGUAGGGAGGAAAUACUUCCGAUAGUGCGGCGACGGUGGGAGGAGACGUCGGCGGAGUACUUGGAGUCCAUGCGCGAGCGGUUGGUCGUGAUGCCGAUGGAGGAAAUGAGACGUUUGUUCGAGUUGAAGGUGACAGAAGAAAUCGCGUCGAUCAUGAGCAUCUUCGUCGGUUCGGAGUUCGAACGGUCGACCAUAGAAAAUUACCGGAGAGAUGGCCUAGAAGGGGCGAGACGGACGCUGACCGCCGCGUCCAACUCCCCUCCGGAGAUAAUGUUGCACCCGCUCGAGGUGGCGCACUUGGAAUAUUUGUCCAUGUUCCACGAGCAGAUAUUCCAUUUCAACGAUGUUUUUGACGAUUUCAUGGACGAGAGCGAUUACGAGACUGAGGACGAGUCGAUGAAUAGCGAAGAGUUGGACGCGCUGCAGAACCAGAUCACGUUAUCGAACGUCGAAAGGGGCAUCAAUGACCCUUGGGAUGUGUCACCGUAUGUACCGUGGCCCAUGAUCGAACAGCGGCAGCUCUUGCGCACCAGGGUAUCGUUGAAUCAUCGACAAGGUGCGGAUUCGUUGUGUGCAUUUCCUUCUUUCGAGGACCUCCCAGCGCCCGUCGAGGAAGAGCUCCCCUUGUCGGGAAUCGUCUUGCGCGAAGAGACGUCAAGAGGAACAAUUGAGCACACGACGCCGACUUCGAGGAUUCCGAUGACGGCACUCUUGGUUUCUACUCCGUCAGAAAUCAUAGGCUACCGAAAUGGAUGGCCAGUUGGCGCCACAAGGGAGCAGUUUCGGGUGUACAGUAUGGAUUUCGAUGUAGAUACACGCACGCUUGCAGUUUGCGGAGCGACUCCCUACAUGAACAAUAUGGAUUACAACGUCAUUUUGUACCGCUUAGAGCCAGACACAGCAGUGAAGAUACGAUCUCGUAUGUCGGGAGGCGAUGUGCCUCCCGGAAUGACUAGUGCGAAUACCUACAAGAUGCUUGCUAAUUCACCUCAAGGAGACCUCCCGGCGUGGAGUUUUGUUGAAUUGUGCAAGGCAAACAUAGGUGCCCGUGUGGCCCAUGGGCCUCCAAUAAACGAAGCGUACUAUCCAAUGCAACCGGAUGGAUUCCACGAGGCCGAGCAGGCAAACUGCAUACGCUUCGCUCAUCUAGCUUUGGAGGAGAGGAAGGCGCGAGAGCUGCGAAUCAUUUUCUCCAGCAAUGACGGAUAUGUGUAUGUGUGCCGUCUCGAUGAGACGACCAGUAGUGACGCCCCAACGAAGUAUAAACUCGUCAAAGACUUCGUCUUGAGUGAUCCUCACGUCGAGCCAAAAAACUGUGCUAUAUCUUCGCCGUGCGGUACAAUGAUCGCCCUCGCGGGCGAUAGUCGGAAGGUCUCGAUAAUGAAAUUUCAGAAGCACUCGACGACAACUUGUCGGGCUUGUUAUACGUCAACGUCGUGCGAGUUGGCAGACGCGAAUACAGCAAGUAUGGGCAUCGGCGGAGAAAUGUUCGAACUGGAAAUUCCCACUCCCGCAUAUCUUCUUGAUCCAGGACCUGGAGUGAUUCCGGAAGGCGCCAUUCAAUACCUUGCAUGGAGUUCGGACGGACGAUACUUGGCAGCAACGAGUGAUAGUGAUUGUUCUGUCACCGUCUGGCUCUUCUCCGGCGACGACAAGAGUCCAUCCCACACUCAACUAAAAAUUGGUUCACGGAUUAAGGAAUUCGCCGUGAGUGAUGUGGUACUGAUUGCGCAUAUCAAUGGUCACCAAUCGCCGUGUUUACAGGUUUCGUUCGGGAUCGCGAAUCCGUCGAUGUUGAUUUGGGCCGAGCGCGGAGCGAAAAUUCAUUUGUUCGAUGUCCGUGAGGCUGAAGGGUAUUUUGAGGAUGUGAUUCAAAGUUUCGGAGGCUUGGGAAGUGAUGAGUUCAAAAGUUUCUUCGAAAGCACUGGACCACAAAAUGAUCUUGACGAUCCAUGGCAUCCUCAGAAUGGGAGUAAAUAUCAACUUCGACUCGCGCGCGCGCUUUCAAGCUCUGGUAUUUUCGCUGCGUGCAUCAACAUGCGUGUCGGACCAGAUCACCUAAGUCGCGCAACAAUCCCGCAGGAGGAAGAACGAUGGGAGAACAUGUCAAGGGAUGAGAAGUUAAAGCAAUUUUCGUCUUGGCAGUCCGUCACGCAUACGCGCGGGAAAUACUUUGCGGUUCAAUCCAUGCAAACUGUCCACUUCGAUGAAAUGCACGAGUACUGUCGGCUCAUAACCUCAGACUUCAUCACGGGCUUAUCCGUGACUUCAGGAAAUCAGAAGUCAGCUUCACACUACAAAGAUAUCAUCACGUAUUCCACACGCGAAUCCGUCAAUGCGUUUGAGAUUCACGCGAGUAUGUUAACCGACAUGAGCAAUUUCAACAGGUUCCCAAUUUCUUUCAGGGACGCCGCAAGAACGUUCUUGCUCUGUGCCAAGGCGAGUCGAAAAUACACAACGGACACCUGCCUCGCCAAUUUACCCGCAGAGUUGAUCCAAGAUAUCGUCGCAAAGAUGGCAUCGUUGGCUUAUAAAUGGGCUCGACUCGAUGCUGUAACGAUGAGCGAGACAUUCUUGCGGGCGACCAUGAAGGGAUACGCUGGGCGCGACAUACAAGCAGACUCCUAA